CCGCUCUCUCCUCGCUAACUUUCCCGUGCCGGGGCAAGCGGCGCAGAGCUUCCCCUGCAGCUUGGGGCCCACUGCAGACCGCGGGCUACCAGCGCGGCUGUGCCUUGUAUCCCAUCUCUGCGCCCUGGCGUGCUCGGGAGAGAACGGAACCAUGCCCGGGGAUGGGGACCGAGGCGCAGCCCAGGCGAGAUGGCUGGGCACUGGGCUUUUGGGUCUCUUCCUGCUCCCCGUGUCCCUGUCGCUGGAGGUGUCUGUGGGAAAGGCCACCACCAUCUACGCCGUCAACGGCACGGAGAUCCUGCUGCCCUGCACCUUCUCCAGCUGCUUUGGCUUCCGUGACCUUGGCUUCUGGUGGUCCUACAACGGUAGUGAUACAUUCAAGAUUCUCAUAAAUGCAACUGUGAAGAAUGAGAAGUCUGACCCCAAGGUACAUUUGAAAAAUGAUGACCGCAUCACUCUGGAGGGCUCCACUAAGGAGAAGAUGAACAACAUCUCCAUUCUGCUAAAAGAUCUGGAUUUCAGUGACACAGGCAAAUACACUUGUCAUGUGAAGAAUCCCAAGGAGAAAGAUCUUCAGCACCAGGCUACCAUCUUCCUUCAAGUGGUUGAUAAAUUGGAAGAAGUGGACAACACAGUGACACUCAUCAUCCUGGCUGUCGUGGGCGGGGUUAUUGGGCUCCUCAUCUUCAUCUUGCUGGUCAAGAAGCUCAUCACCUUCAUCCUCAAGAAAACUCAGGAGAAGAAGAAGGAAUGCCUUGUGAGUUCUUCUGGGAAUGACAAUACGGAUAAUGGAUUGCCGGGCUCCAAGGCAGAAGAGAAACCACCAACAAAAGUGUGAGCCU